UUCAAUGAAAAACAAGUUGUAGAGAGAGAAGAAGAAGAAGAAGUAAAAGAUUGAUUCUUUUUUCUCCAUCCGCUUCCCUUCUCUGACUUACUUUCCACCCAAUGGCGACCUCUGUCGAGAACCGGCAGUUACUCGGUCGUCUCGACCCGGGUUUAAACGGUGUCAGACCAUUCAUACCCGGUCACCGGUCUGAUUCCCCUGUCCGAGGUUACCAUUUUCAACCAAACCAAGAUACUAUUGUCACUUUACCGGUUCAAGCAACCAAGCCGCCGGUGGUGGUUUACGAUGACUCGUCCUCCGACGAUGAAGACGACGACAAUAACUACACCGAAUUGAUUAAAAAGGGAAAGCUUGAAAUCGAACCGUCGGUUCUCGAUUCUCGCGAUGAAGCAACCGCGGAUAAUUGGAUCGAACGUAACCCAUCUAUGAUCCGUUUAACCGGCAAACACCCUUUCAAUUCCGAAGCCCCGUUAACCCGGUUAAUGCACCACGGUUUCAUCACCCCAGUCCCACUCCACUACGUCCGUAACCACGGUCCAGUUCCCAAGUUAUCAUGGGAAGACUGGACCGUGGAGGUAACCGGCCUGGUAAAAAGACCCGGCAAGUUCACCAUGGACCAGCUGGUGAAUGAUUUCGCUAGUCGCGAGUUUCCGGCGUCACUCGUCUGCGCCGGGAACCGGAGGAAGGAACAGAACAUGGUUAAGAAGACCAUCGGAUUCAAUUGGGGUGCGGCCGGGAUUUCCACGACGGUGUGGCGUGGGGUGCCCUUGAGACAUGUCUUGAAACGGUGCGGCAUAUUGAGCCGGAGUAAAGGUGCGCUUAAUGUGUGUUUUGAAGGGACCGAGGAUUUACCCGGCGGCGGUGGAUCUAAGUAUGGUACGAGUAUUACUAAAGAAAUGGCGAUGGAUCCGUCCAGGGAUAUUAUUUUGGCGUACAUGCAAAAUGGGGAUAGGCUUUUGCCGGACCAUGGGUACCCGGUUAGGAUGAUUAUACCGGGUUUUAUUGGGGGUAGAAUGGUAAAAUGGUUGAAGAGAAUUAUAGUUACUACUAAGGAGUCAGAUAAUUACUAUCACUAUAAGGAUAACCGUGUUUUACCCUCCCAUGUCGACGCAGAGCUUGCCAACUCUGAAGCAUGGUGGUACAAGCCUGAAUACAUCAUCAACGAGCUGAACACCAAUUCUGUUAUAACCACACCUUGCCAUGAAGAGGUCUUGCCAAUCAAUGCAUGGACCACUCAGAAACCAUACACCAUGAGGGGCUACGCAUAUUCGGGAGGAGGAAAGAAGGUAACGAGGGUGGAGGUGACGAUGGAUGGAGGAGAGACAUGGAACAUUUGCGAUCUAGACCACCCGGAAAAGCCGAACAAGUAUGGAAGACACUGGUGCUGGUGUUUCUGGUCGCUGGAGGUGGAGGUUCUUGACCUUCUCGCCGCCAAUGAAAUCGCGGUCAGGGCUUGGGAUGAAACGCUCAAUACCCAACCCGAAAAGCUUAUCUGGAACGUAAUGGGGAUGAUGAACAAUUGCUGGUUCAGGGUGAAGAAAAACGUGUGUCGUCCACACAGAGGUGAAAUCGGGAUUAUCUUCGAGCACCCGACCCAGCCUGGUAACCAAUCAGGAGGAUGGAUGGCCAGGGAACGCCACCUCGAAAUGUCAUCCGAUGGCGUCCAACCAGCCGGUCUCAAAAAGAGUGUUUCAUCUCCGUUCAUGAACACUACUUCCAAAACAUUCACAAUCUCGGAUGUCAAAAAACACUCAUCAGCCGACUCCGCCUGGAUCAUCGUCCACGGCCACGUCUACGACUGCACCAAGUUCCUGAAAGACCACCCCGGAGGAAGUGACAGCAUCUUAAUAAACGCAGGAACAGACUGUUCGGAAGAAUUCGACGCCAUCCAUUCCGACAAAGCUAAGAAAAUGUUGGAAGACUAUCGCAUCGGUGAACUCAUCACAACAGGCUACAACUCGUCAGACUCUGCCGCCUCCUCACCCAACAAUUCCGUUCACGGCGCCACAAACUUCGCUUUAAGCUCCUAUCACCUGUCACCCAUCACUGAAAUCGCGCCCGCACGUAACAUAGCCCUGGCAAACCCCCGCGAGAAAAUCAAAUGCAAACUUGUCGAAAACACAUCAAUCUCACACGACGUUCGUAAAUUCAAAUUCGCCCUCCCGUCUAAAGAUCAAUUUCUUGGACUCGCAGUGGGAAAACACAUAUUCCUUUGUUGCCAAAUCGAGGGAAAGCUCUGCAUGCGAGCCUACACUCCAUCAAGUGCUGUAGACGAAAUAGGAUUCUUUGAACUUGUCGUUAAGGUCUACUUCAAAGACGUUCAUCCCAAGUUUCCCAACGGAGGAUUAAUGUCUCAACAUUUGGAUUCUCUCCCAAUCGGCGCGUAUCUAGACAUCAAAGGUCCUGUAGGGCAUAUCGAAUACACCGGAAAAGGAAACUUCACAGUCCACGGCAAACCUAGAUUUGCUCGUAAACUUGCCAUGCUAGCAGGUGGAACCGGAAUUACACCGAUGUAUCAAAUCAUCCAGGCUAUAUUAAAGGACCCCGAGGACCCGACCGAGAUGUAUUUGAUCUACGCAAACCGAAGUGAAGACGACAUACUAUUGUGGGAUGAGUUGGAUGAAUUUGCGGAAAACCACCCUGAUCGGCUCAAGGUUUGGUAUGUGGUUCAGGACUCGGUUAAGGAAGGAUGGAAAUACAGUCUUGGAUUCAUCACGGAGGGUGUCAUGAGGGAGCACAUCCCGGGACCGUCGGACGAGACAUUGGCUUUGACAUGUGGUCCGCCGCCGAUGAUACAAUUUGCGAUUCAACCGAAUUUGGAGAAGAUGGGAUAUGAUGUUAAGGAGUCUUUGUUGGUGUUUUAGAAGAUGGAUCAGGGGAUAUGAUAUUAUUAAGAGGUUUUAAUUAGUAAUAAAUAAUUGUUAUUAUUUACUAUAUGAUGAUGAAAUCAUGUUCAUCAUUGAUCUUGUGUUAAAUUAAUGUAUGUGUUACUUUACUAUGGAUCGAGUUGAAUUUGGAGGUUGUACAUAUAAAUCAUCCCUCCUUGUAUUUCAUUUUCUAUAAUUUAUUUUUAUUGGAAUUUUUAUGCACAA